AUGGCUAGUAAUAAUAAUAAUUGCAAAUUCUAUAGUAUCAUCUCCAAUAAUAAUUUACAAUCCGACAAGGAAGACAGGGAUGAUGAUUUUAUGGAUGACAAUUUAAUUGAAGGAUUUAUUGUUGAAUAUUUUGAUAAGAGUAGUAAAACCAUCAAAUUAGGCUUGUUGGAUGAACAUGAAUCUGUUAUUUAUCAAGAGAAUUUUACAAAUGUUAAAAACAAGGAUGUUGUCAUUAUAGAAAAGUGGUCAAACAUGUUGACUACUUUGAAUGAUUUACGAGAAAUUAGAGAAAAGGCUAAUUAUAUGGUAUUGGAUGAAACCUAUCAAGCAGAUUUUGAACUAAGAUUGGAAAAUCUAUUAAUUGAAGGAUUUACAUCUGGAAAGAAAUUUUCAUCAUCAACAUUAUCGAAUGAAUUAUUUGAAAUUCAAAGUAUGAUUACCAGAUAUAUUGCUUUUUAUUUAUUUGAAAAUUCUGGAUGUUUCAAAUAUGAUACAAGAUCCAACAAGUAUAUUGUUAUUGAAACAGAUUCUAGUCAGAUUAGAGUUAAAGAUUUUAUAAGGAGAGCUAAGAAGCGUAUUCAGGAAAUUAAUGACUUGAAACAAAAGAAUGGUCAAAUAGAAAACAAUUCACAGCUUCUCAAUGCGAAUCUUCAUACUAAAUGGGAUCCAAUUAUUGAUGUGCCACUUUUGAGAAAAAUGGAGUUUUUCAUCCUUUCCAACUUUUUGAACUCUAAAAACAAGACUAUCAUUGAAUCAAUUUUAGAAUCUUUCAGAUAUCCAAAGAAUAGACGUGGAGCUGCCCAAUUUCUACAUGCUGUUGGUCAUAUGCAUUUUGAAAAGUCUUCAAAUCUCAUGGAAGAGAGUAUGGACCCAGAUUUUGAAAAUGUAAAAAAUCUCCCAUCGAUAGUCAAGCCAUUCCCAAACCAAGUUGAAAGUGCUUCUCAAAUCAUGCUCAAACAAGUUACUUCAUUGAUUGAAAAGGAAAAGGAAAAUAUUUCGAGAAGAGACUUAAGAAAAUUGAAAUGUAUUGCUAUUGACGAUAUUUCUACACAGGCAUACGAUGAUGCUGUCAGUAUUGAAAAGACUGUGAAUGGAUAUAAGAUUUAUAUUCAUGUUUGUGAUGUUUCCUCAUUUAUUACUAAGAAUGAUGCCCUUGAAACAGAAUCUCGUUCCAGAGUUAAAACAAUCUAUGGAAAGAAUGGUGUCCGUUUAAUGUUGCAUCCUUGUGCUAUCAGAGCUAUCACGCUUUCACCAGAGAGAGAAAACCUAGGGUUCACUCUUGAACUCAGUCUUAUAAAGAGUGGCUCAGAACUUAAAUUGGACAAGUAUGAAUUUUACAAAUCCAUUCUUCCAAAGGUUGAAAUAUUCACUUAUAACACUGUAGACUCACUCUUCAAUCAAUUUGUAAAGAAAAAGAUGGGCAACAAGUCAACUGAUAUGGAUCAAUCUCAUCAAUUGCUGAUAGAAAUGCUUCAUAUUUCAAUCAAUGUAGAUAAGAGUUUGAAUUUGGGGUUAAUUUCCAAAACAAAAUCAACUCCUGCUCACGAUACUGUUGCAAUUAUUAUGAGUAUUGCCAAUAGUGUCUUGGCUGCUCACAUCAAGCAAGUAGAUAUACAAAAUCUAUUCCCACAAUCCAAUUCAUACUAUAGAUUUACUUCUCCUAUGAGAAGGUAUGCUGAUUUGGUUACCCACAUCCAAUAUAACUCAUUACUGAACAAUAGCAAGGAGCCUAUCUAUUCAGAUAAGGAAAUUAAGAAUAUUUGUACAGAAAUUCAAUCAUUUGAAAAGGAUAUUUUGGAAACUCAACUAAUGAUGGAUAAGAAAAAGAGAGAUUUGGCAACAUCAAAAAAUAAGAAUCAAUCGGUCAAUAAUAGCAAUCAAAAGCAAUCCAAUAAGGUGAUUGGUAAGGUUGUUAAAAAGAGAAAGGGUAUGAGCUCUGUUUACAUCCCAUCUAUGGAUAAAACAAUUUCUCUUCACUUGGUUGAAUUUGACGAAGUGAAAAUGAUAGAGCUAUUGUCUGGCAUUCUUCCCGAAACUGAAAAAUCAUCAAUGGAUAUGCUUGGAUGGCCUGCCCUUACUAAGAAAAUGAAGGAAAAUAGAUCUCCAAAUGAUAUUAUGGAAGGUUCCAAAGUUGUCUUGAACAUCAAACACAUUGAAUAUUACGAAAACGAUACUUACAAACCAAAGGUUAUUGUUGCUGAACAUUGUUUUGAAGAAAAGGUUGACAAUUAUACCAUUUAA